GCCCUCGACCAAUGGCAUUGACUGUGGGAGGAGCGCGGUUCGGCCAGUCCGCCGCCAGCCUGCAACCCGCCCGGCGGACGAUGCCCCCCCCGUCUUUGGCGGGCAGGAUCUUAAGAGAGCCCCACCCCUGCCCAGUCUGCCGCCAAGCCUCUGCGGCCGCCUCUUCUGCCGGUUCCGAGAAGGCACGCGAAAGGGGCAUGCCCUGGGGAGGGGCACCUGCGGAUGGGCCCAUAAAGAGGGGACGGUCUAAGUCGGCAGCCACAGGGCCACUUGCUUCCCCCGUCCCUCCUGGGAUGGAGCCUUGCUGUGCCCUAUGGGCAGUGCUCGCCCUGCUGAAAGGCCUGAAGGGCCAGACCUCAAACACCCAGCCAGGCGUUCCCUCCGUGUUACGGAGCUUCCAGGAAGACCAGUUCCAGGGGGAAUGGUUUGUGGUUGGCCUGGCGGGAAGCACCCACAGGAAGAUGGACAGGUUCCUGCUGACCCCAUUCACUGCAGUGUUCGAGCAAAAUAAGAACAGCCACCUUGAAGUGUCAUAUGCCAUGACCCGGGGCCACCGCUGUGUCUCCUGGUCGUACGUGCUGAUUCCGGCGGCAAAGCCUGGGGGAUUCUCGGUGGAGAGCAGGGAGGAGCCCGAGGAGGUCCAGGUGUAUGACACUGACUACAGCGUGUUCGCUCUGAUGCUGUUCAGAAGACAGUCCAGCGGCCAGAGCGUCGUCAGGGUUAACCUGCUAUGCAGGAUGUGGACGGUCCAGACCGUGGUGCUGGACAAAUUUGUCUGCCUGCUGCAAGCGUUGGGCCUGUCGGACGACAACGUCGUCUUCCCAGACCUGACAGGAGCAUUUCCCACAUCUGGCCCUUCCCACGUGUGUGACCACAUGUAAAGCACAGGCACACAGGCAGACACGGUGCUGACGUGGGCACACGCCCCUGCUCACACACGCGUGCACGCACGUGUGCACACACAGGGACACAGCGUUCACAAGCACGAGCCUGGGAGGGCCCCGCUGCACCUCUGCAGUGAGCCUGGGGGCUGGGGGCAGGGUGGCACCCUGGAGGGUAUGUCCCUCCGUCCUUGGCCAGCCUCCCGCCCCGGCGCCUUCUUCCAGGCAGCUGCAGGCCCCCUCCCGUCCUGGGCCCCAGCGCCUCUCCCCUCCCCGGAGCUGUGGGCCCUCAUGCCUCCUCCAGCUCUGUCCCGGCUCUGCUCCGCCUGCAUCUGAGCCUCUGUCUCCCCCGUCAGACUGGUCACCCCAGCCGGGGACGUGCUGAAGUUGGACGCGGCUCCUCCCCGGCAAGGCCUCUCCCCUGCUCGCAGCGUGGAAUAAAGGCUCUGUGUCGGGGUCCAGCCGUGUGAGCCACCGUGACCUUGGGGUGGGGGGGUAGUGCGAGUAGGGGAAGGCCCUCCGAGCGCACUCAUGCCCACCCCUGCCCACCAGGCCCAGUCUCCUCAGGAGUGCGUCUUCGCCGGUCACUGCGGGUCCCUGCGGGUCCCCUCCGUCCUGCCCGCGUGGCCCCCAGCGACACGAGUUCACAGACCCCUCCACCUUCCCA